AUAGAUUUGUGGGAUAAUAUUCUGCUUAAGCUGCUUCUCCCUGUGGUGAAACACGUUGGGUGCAGCUUCAAUUGAUUUCAGGAAGCAGCUAAACUCUGUCACAGUCGGUUGGGUCAACACUUCAACUCGUUGGGCCAUAUGAACAAACUUGGCCUGACAGUAGAAGUGCAGCAGCUGAAGGUAGAAAGAGCUGCAGUGGAUUCAGCAGCAUGGAUCAGUGUGAGGACAGAGAGGAGGGAGUCCCUCCCUCUAAAACCUCUCUGUGUGGGGAAGAUGAGAGCCAGAGCAAAGGUCAGAGGAUGGAGAAAGUCACACUUAAAAACGAGGAUAAAUCCAGGGACCUGUCCUACAAAAGCCAUGAUUCAAAGGAUAUGUGGUUUGAUUUUAAAUCAGAUCAUCCUCCACCACCAGAGAGAAUGAGCCAGAAGAUAUCAGAGACUCCCAGUGGUCCAUCUGUCCACCAAAAUCAAACGCAGCUGGACUCUAUAUUUAUGUUACUGAAGGAAAACAUUUUCACUUUUGUGACAAACGAGCUGAAGAAGAUCCAGAAGGUUUUGAGUCCAGAAGACCCAGAAUGGUCAGAUUGUGAGACAGACAAUGAGGAGUUGGAAGGUGAGAAUGAAGAGCAGAGGAAGAGUAGCAGAGAGGCAGUGAUGAAGAUCACAAUGAACUUCCUGAGGAGGAUGAAGCAGGAGGAGCUGGUUGAGCGACUCCAGUGCAAACAUCUUACUGCAGUUGGUCAACAUGAACUUAAAGCUGGUCUGAAGAAGAAGUUCCAGUCUGUGUUUGAGGGAAUCAGUAAAGCAGGAAGUCCAACCCUUCUGAACCAGAUCUACACAGAGCUCUUCAUCACAGAGGGAGGGACUGGAGAGGUCAAUGAUGAACAUGAGGUCAGACAGAUUGAAACAGCAUCCAGGAAACAACACAGACCAGAAACAACAAUCAGACAAGAAGACAUCUUUAAAGUCCCACCUGGAAGAGAUCAACCAAUCAGAACAGUGAUGACAAAGGGAGUGGCUGGCAUUGGAAAACAGUCUUAA